AUGGAGAGGCUGAGGUACUGGGAUAACAUGGUGAAGAGCCAAGAAGUCUUGAUGCAGAAAAAGAACAGGUUUGGAAUAAAUUGCCUCAUCCAGUUUGAAGACUUUGCCAAUGCCAACGCCUUCCGCCUGCUCAACAAAUACCGCCACAAGUACUGCAUGUUCAAUGAUGACAUCCAAGGCACAGCCUCCGUUGCUGUGGCAGGGAUUCUGGCUGCUCUGAGAAUCACCAAGAACAAACUCUCCAAUCAUGUGUUUGUUUUCCAAGGUGCAGGUGAGGCAGCCAUGGGCAUCGCUCACCUCCUUGUCAUGGCCCUAGAGAAAGAAGGUGUACCAAAGGCAGAGGCUAUGAGGAAGAUCUGGAUGGUGGACUCCAAGGGGCUCAUUGUCAAGGGGAGGAGCCACUUGAACCAUGAGAAGGAAAUGUUUGCCCAAGACCAUCCUGAAGUGAAGUCCCUGGAGGAGGUGGUGAGGCUGGUGAAGCCCACAGCAAUCAUAGGUGUUGCCGCCAUCGCAGGAGCCUUCACGGAGCAGAUUCUGAGGGACAUGUCCUCCUUCCACGAGCGGCCAAUCAUCUUUGCCCUGAGCAACCCCACCAGCAAGGCCGAGUGCACGGCUGAGAAGUGCUACCGGGUCACCGAGGGCCGAGGGAUUUUUGCCAGCGGAAGUCCUUUUAAGAGUGUGACUCUGGAAGACGGCAAGACCUUCAUUCCUGGGCAGGGAAACAAUGCUUACGUGUUCCCUGGGGUGGCACUGGGAGUCAUCGCCGGCAGGAUCCGGCACAUCCCAGAUGAUAUCUUCCUCCUGACAGCAGAGCAAAUUGCCCAGGAGGUUUCUGAGCACCAUCUGUCCCAAGGGAGACUGUACCCACCACUCAACACCAUCCGAGACGUGUCUCUGAGAAUUGCCAUCAAAGUCCUCGACUACGCGUACAAACACAACCUGGCCUCCUACUACCCGGAACCCAAGGACAAGGAGGCUCUUGUAAGAUCCCUGGUCUACACUCCAGACUAUGACUCCUUUACACUGGACAGCUACACGUGGCCCAAGAAAGCCAUGAAUGUUCAGACGGUCUGAUGUAGUCUCAAGGGCUGGUAUGAGGCUGGAUGAUGCCCAGAGUAAUACCUGCAAUAUAAAUGGGUUCCAAAAUGGCC